AAACUAACAAUUACAAUCAACCUUUUUUUGUUUUAUCACGACUCCCUAGCGGGCAACAGACCGAAUUUCUAGCACAACACAACACCUGACAAUUAUUGUUGGUUCUCCUGGCAACCACCUAAUGAUACACACCAAACAGCUGAAAUAUUUUCGACGUCCAUGCAUCCAACGACCAUUCGUGGAGGUGUCUGGUUGGACAACGACAUGCACGUCUCAGCUGACCACACACAAGGCCAGCACGCUUGGAUUACCCCACUUCAUUUCUGAUGAUGCCAAGUACCGGGAUUCUGUUCAUAAAUACACUUGGUCUCACCUUGUUGCCUUUCCUCGAUCAUCUUGGACAACAGUUCACCGCCCGAUAACCAGGCCCUGCGGAAGACAACCAUAGAGGCUCUCAUUGACAAUCCUUCCUGCCUGGUCGUGAUAUUCGUCGAAAUGAACCUCGCCGUUCCCCGCACCAUCGCCAGCCUCACUUACCAGCAGGCUCUUCGACUCGCCAGACAAUGGGGGCCCCUAGCGCUAGGGCUAUCUCAGUUGCUGACGCAGAGGGGAGAACGGAGAGCUUCGAGGCAGCAAGAGCAGACGUAUCAGGAGGUACGAGACGCUCUGCCGCAGUUGCUCAACGGCAUUCAAGCGAGGGAAAUUCGGGUCGUUCCCAACGCGUUCAAUUCGACCCCAGCCUUCCUAGCCUACUACCAGGCGGCCGCCCUGGGCUCUAUACCUUUGGUACUGUUGGAUGUCACGAGUGCCAUCAAGAGAGAGUCGGUGCAAGCUUCGAUGCCAUACGAUCGGAACUCGAGAUUGCAAACGUCGCCAGGGUACAAGGUUGGGAUCACGAAUGAGAUGGCUGCCGUCGACGGUACACAGGAUGGUCAACAUCACUUCUUCUAUGUAUGGCACCCGGACAGCGAUUGGUAUCCUGCAUUCGAAGGAAGACAGGCAGAAGAUCCCCUUGGUCCUGCGUUUGGUGGAUAUCAUCAUGAUCUUGCGACGAUCUGCCUGAGGAUGCGAGCCGAUAGAGAAGCUCUUAUUGAAACGACUGAUUAUGGGCGUGCCGCCGUGUUCCAUCUCGUCAUUCCGGCCUACUACCCACUUGUGAUGGACCAUCCCAUUGCCUUUGCUGACGAACUGUUACCGCUGGUCAUUACCGGGGGCAGGCAUCGAGGUGCCGACCUUGUGUGGUUUGCCAUUCGUCGAGAUCCACGUGAGGAGAGGCUGCAUCUUAACUUUGUCGGCCUCCUGCCCCAAAAUCAGGGGAACCUAGCAAUGACGGGUGGUUUUGUAGGAUUUGUCGGCUCCUGGUUCGGCGCUGCUGGUUGUGGGUUGGCAUCGGCUGCCUUCCCUCCUUGUGCGCCAGUUGCAGCAAUCGUGGCAGAAUCAUUAGUGGCGUCUUUGGUAGCAUCCUGGACGGCUAUGGCGUCAGGAAUAGUUUAUGAUGAGUUGACGCGAGAAAGUAUCCAAAUUCUAGGGGAUCCUAUUUUCUUGGAGUAA